UCUUCCGCAUAACCUCACGUCGGAGGAUACUCUUGUUCUUGUCACCCCUCUCUCCCCGACAAGACUUUUUUUGAUCCCUCUCCUCUCCUUUCUUCAAAAUACCUCAGUCACCAUGUUCAAGCUUGCCCGCAGCAAACCGGUUACGGCAGCUUUGAGGGCUGCGACGGAAUCUUCCGUCCAGUCCCGUGUUGCUCAGCAAAAGAGAAACCUGUCGAUCCACGAAUACCUGUCUGCGAACCUGCUCAAGUCGUAUGGCGUCGGCAUGCCCAAGGGUGAAGUCGCCCGCUCCGCGGAGGAGGCUGAGGCCGUUGCCAAGUCCCUCGGUAAUGACGACAUGGUCAUCAAGGCCCAGGUCCUUGCCGGUGGUCGUGGUAAGGGUACUUUCGACAAUGGCCUUAAGGGUGGUGUGCGCGUGAUCUACUCGCCUACCGAGGCCAAGAUGUUCGCUAGCCAGAUGAUCGGACAGAAGCUCAUCACGAAGCAGACUGGCGCUGCUGGUCGUCUUUGCAACUCUGUCUACAUCUGUGAGCGCAAGUUCGCUCGCCGCGAGUUCUACCUUGCUGUCCUCAUGGACCGCGCCUCUCAGAGCCCCGUCAUUGUCGCCUCGUCGCAGGGUGGUAUGGACAUUGAGGCCGUCGCCAAGGAGAACCCCGAGGCCAUCAUCACCACUCCUAUUGACAUCAAGGUCGGUGUGACCGAUGCCAUUGCUCACAAGAUCGCCACCGAGCUCGGCUUCUCCGAGCAGUGCGUCGAGGAGGCCAAGGACACCAUCCAGAAGCUCUACAAGGUCUUCAUCGAGAAGGAUGCUACCCAGAUCGAGAUCAACCCUCUGUCUGAGACCUCCGACCACAAGGUCAUGGCCAUGGAUGCCAAGCUUGGCUUCGAUGAAAACGCCGAAUUCCGCCAGAAGGAGGUCUUCUCCUGGAGAGACACCACCCAGGAAGACGCCGAUGAGGUCAAGGCUGCCGAGCACGGUCUGAACUUCAUCAAGCUUGACGGUGACAUUGGAUGCCUGGUUAACGGUGCUGGUCUUGCCAUGGCCACCAUGGAUAUCAUCAAGCUCAACGGCGGUGCGCCCGCCAACUUCCUCGAUGUCGGUGGUGGUGCCACUCCCGCUGCCAUCAAGUCCGCUUUCGAGCUCAUCACCAGCGACCCCAAGGUGACUGCCAUCUUCGUCAACAUCUUCGGCGGUAUCGUCCGCUGCGAUGCUAUUGCCCAGGGUUUGAUCAACGUCGUGCAGGAGAUGGGUCUGCGCACUCCCAUCGUUGCCCGUCUGCAGGGUACCAACAUGGAGCAGGCUCACAAGCUGAUCAACGAGUCUGGCCUCAAGAUCUUCUCCAUUGAGGAUCUCCAGAGCGCUGCUGAGAAGUCUGUCCAGUUCUCCAAGGUCGUCAAGAUGGCCCGCGAGAUCGACGUUGGCGUUGAGUUCACCCUUGGUAUCUAAUCUCCGAGUCGGAUUUGGAUUUAUAGAUGUGUCACCUUGUCUACUGCUCCACUGUCUCUUGUACUCUUUUUAUUUUUCCUUUUAUUUUCCUUACUUCCCUCUUGGUUUCCCCCACUCCGAUGGCCGGGGAUUCAGAAGGUUCAUGCGUGUUCGAUGGUGCAGCGAGAUGCGGAGCAAUAGGCCGACGGUUGGUGACCAUGGGCUUCGUCGACGAUGCUAACGCACUCCUGCUGCCUAGAAUAAGAUCGGUCAUAGGGGUUGUCACAAACGAGUUGCUAUAAUGGUGAAAUGAGACGGAUUCAGGCAGAGAGAGAGCACGAGGGGUAUCUUUAUAGAGAGCAUUUGAUGGUCCUGUAUAUCGUCCAUUUCUAGGUUCAUUUUCUUAUGUCAAAUGUAUUUUCCCUUUUUCUGUGCCCCCUUUGGUGUCGUUGGGUGAUAAUACCCCUCACGCUGCUAGAAGCGCCAGAUCGGUAGACUCUGGAGGAUGUACGUCCUUGAAC